AUGGAGUAUAAAGGAGUAAAAACCCUAAUGGAGACAAAUACACAAUACGCAGAAAAUACAGGAAAUAUAGAGACACUUGUAGGCCGCAACAGACGCCUCAAGGAGACAGUCCCCACACCCCACUGUCUCCGCAUACACCCGCACCUAGCUGCGCUGCUGCAGCGCAUUGGUGCUGCAAAGGGAGCCCCGCUGCAGCAGCAGCAGCAGCAGCAGCAGCAGCAGCAGCAGGUGCUGCUGCUGCAGGGGGGGUAUUUGACCACCAGCAGCACCAGCACCAGCAGCAGCAGCAGCAGCAGCAGCAGCAGCAGCAGCAGCGGGAGGGGACGGUGUAGGAGACAGGCUAUGAAUACACCGAUACAAGGUCUUGCUGCUGACAUAAUGAAAUAUGUAACGGGGAGAGUGGAGCAGCUGCUGCAGCAGCAGCAGCAGCAAGCGUGUAUUUUGUCUCCUUCUCUUUAUGCAUCUCCUUUCACAGCAGCAACAACUAAGCAGCAGCAACAGCAGCAGCAGCAGCAGCAGCAGCAGCAGCAGCGGAGACUGCUGGAGAGGCCGCUGCGGGCUCAGGUGGUGCUGCAGAUACACGACGAGUUGCUGCUGGAAGUACACAAAGAUGAUGUGUCUCCUCUGCUGUCUCUGCUGCUGCCGGUGAUGCAGCGGGCCUGGGGCUUGCUGCUGGUGGAGACAGACUGUCUCGACAGGCAUUGA